UGAAUAUUCACAAUUCACCAAAACGCAACCUGACUAUGGAUCAGUGAUGUCAGCGCUCCUUGGAGCGCUCUACUGUAUUUUUGCGUGAUUUUGUUGCGCUGUUUUAGCGGUAGCUUGGCGGGGGGAUUCUGGUUAGGAGAGCAUCCUUCGACGUGCAUGACCUUUCCCAGGUCUCCAUCCCAACGUCCGCCCGCACAUCGUUCACAUGUCACGCUAAGGUGACUUUCAGGCAGUUUUUUCCACUUUUGCGCACAAUGUCGGAGCGCCACAAAGAUGCACACAGUGGACGCAGUGGCCAAGCGGACCGCCGAGGCUGUGCGUGAGGACAUAUGCGAGCAGUCAGGUUGCACUCAUCCAUGCGUAAAAGGCUCUACAGUUUGCCACAGCACAUUGGACAGAAAGCAUCCAUAAUGGGCGAAGGGGAAGACGCAGACAAGGACACCCGGAGGAAGAGUAUAAGGAUGAAGCCUCUGCCGUCGCCGACCUCUGGGGUAAGCUGCAAAGGCAUCGGUGAGACCAAAAGUGGGGAGUCUGUGAUCAUGGAGACGGACAUGGGGAGACCACUGAAGACUAGCUCAAAUGGGGACUGCCGGAGAUUUCGAGGCAGCCUCUCGUCCAUCACCAGUCGGCAUAUAUACGACUCAGACUCGGCCGAGGCGAGACGCCUCAUCACCGAGGGGGAUGUCACCCCGAGCGAGGAGAGCCCCCCUGGGGCGAUCGGCGACGAGCAGCCGGAUGAAGGAGCGCAGGGUGCCAGCGGUGGCGCCCAAACCGACCCUCCAGACCAGCAGGCGGGUUUUAUAAAGUUCGAUGGCAUUGAUCAAAUUCUACCGGACGACGCUGGAUUAUAUCAAGCCGGGUUCAUACACAGGCAGCUGGGAGCGAUGCUUCAACCGGGGGUCAACAAGUUCUCCCUGAGGAUGUUUGGAAGUGAGAAAGCGGUCGAACGAGAACAAGAGCGAGUCAAAUCGGCCGGAUUUUGGAUAAUUCACCCAUACAGCGACUUCAGGUUUUACUGGGACUUGACCAUGCUGCUGCUAAUGGUUGGCAACCUCAUCAUCAUCCCCGUGGGCAUCACCUUCUUCAAAGACGAGCACACCCCACCCUGGAUCGUUUUCAACGUGGUCUCAGAUACAUUCUUCCUCAUGGACCUGGUCCUCAAUUUCAGGACAGGCAUAGUCAAAGAAGACAACACAGAGAUCAUCCUGGAUCCCCAGCAGAUCAAAAUCAAGUACUUACGGAGCUGGUUUGUGGUAGAUUUCAUAUCCUCCAUCCCCGUGGACUACAUUUUUCUAAUAGUGGAGACCCGCAUUGACUCGGAUUUCUACAAGACAGCGCGUGCUUUGCGGAUUGUACGCUUUACAAAGAUCCUCAGCUUGCUACGACUCCUGCGACUGUCUCGACUCAUUCGUUACAUCCACCAGUGGGAAGAGAUCUUCCACAUGACYUAUGACCUGGCCAGCGCCAUGGUGCGGAUAGUCAACCUCAUCGGUAUGAUGCUGUUGCUGUGCCACUGGGAUGGCUGCCUGCAGUUCCUGGUGCCCAUGCUGCAGGACUUCCCAGCUGACUGCUGGGUUUCCAAAAAUAAGAUGGUGAAUGACACAUGGGGACAGCAGUAUUCCUAUGCACUCUUCAAAGCUAUGAGCCACAUGUUAUGCAUUGGGUAUGGCAUGUACCCCCCAGUGGGCAUGACAGACGUCUGGCUGACCAUCCUUAGCAUGAUUGUGGGCGCUACUUGUUACGCCAUGUUUGUGGGGCACGCUACUGCACUCAUCCAAUCGCUGGACUCAUCUCGGCGCCAGUACCAGGAGAAGUACAAACAGGUCGAGCAGUACAUGUCCUUCCACAAGCUUCCUGCAGAUAUGAGGCAGAGAAUCCAUGACUACUAUGAGCACCGCUACCAGGGCAAGAUGUUCGACGAGGAGAGCAUCCUGGGGGAGCUCAACGAGCCGCUCCGAGAGGAAAUCAUCAACUUCAACUGUCGAAAGCUGGUAGCUUCGAUGCCUCUGUUUGCUAACGCCGACCCCAACUUUGUCACGUCCAUGCUCACCAAGUUGAGGUUUGAGGUUUUCCAGCCUGGCGAUUACAUCAUCAGAGAGGGAACUAUUGGGAAAAAAAUGUACUUCAUUCAACACGGGGUGGUGAGCGUCCUCACCAAAGGCAACAAAGAGACCAAGCUUUCAGACGGCUCCUACUUCGGGGAGAUUUGUUUGCUGACACGAGGCAGGAGRACAGCCAGUGUACGAGCCGACACRUACUGUCGUUUGUAUUCUCUCUCUGUGGACAACUUCAAUGAGGUUCUUGAAGAGUAUCCUAUGAUGAGAAGAGCCUUUGAGACGGUUGCCCUGGACCGGCUGGACCGAAUUGGGAAGAAAAACUCUAUUCUUCAACACAAGGUGCAACAUGAUCUCAGCUCUGGGGUACUCAACUACCAAGAGAAUGAGAUUAUUCAGCAGAUUGUGCAACAYGACAGGGACAUGGCCCACUGCGCCCACCUCAUGCAAAACGCUCCUCCACAGACACCUCCAUCACCAACCCCUGUCAUCUGGGCGCCUCUAAUCCAGGCACCCCUCCAGGCUGCUGCUGCCACCACCUCAGUAGCCAUUGCACUGACGCAUCAUCCCCAUCUCCCACCAACACUCUUCAGACCCCCAGUCUCUGUUCUCAGUUCCCUCAAAGACCCAUCUACCAGACUCCGAAAGUUCCAACCAUUCGUUCCUUCAUCCACAGCACCUGGCUCCUCUGGAGACUCUCUGUCUAGCACACCCUCUAAGCUGCGCUCUGGGGUGGACAUGCCAUUGCUUGCCGCCUUUCGUGCUCACCACAUGACAUCUGGUUCUGGGACACUUGCCUCAACAAGACAAGGAUCAGGCUUGGGAGGCCAGCAUGGAAACAAUGGGACUGAGUCUGUGUCCAGUGAAGGGGGGACUAACGUCUUCCCUUUUGGUCCACACUCAUCCUCAGGUUCUCCCUCUUCUAGUACGGCACAACUUCACCCACAACCACAGUAUCAACAACCCUUUCGAUCCAGCACCCCACCCCUUUCGAAUCUCUUUCACCAAGCACCUGUAGGUGGAAGCACAGGAUCAGAACUAAGUGGAGGAGCAAUUGGAGCAUGUGGGGGUGCUACAGAUUGGUCUUCAGGAGGCGCAGCUGGAGGUUCUGUUGAAGGAGCCUCUGGUGGAGACUCUUCUUGGGCUGGAGAGGACUUCACAACUGGCGUAGCAGACAUUACUUCUAGCGAGCACUUUGACUUGAAAGGAGCGACUGAUGGAUCAUUACAUGGAAAUUYGGGGGAAAUACUGGGUGCAGGAUCAGAAAGCUCAGUGGGGGCUGCUUGUGGUCGGUUCAUAGGUGCAACAUCAGGAGCAUCAGGGKUGGGUGUCACUUGUGGUCUAAUGCAGGACAAAACCAAGCGAUUACUUGGAGAAACUUCUCGAGGGUCAAUUGAAAGAGUCUCCAGGGGAUCAAUGAGUGGGACUUCACGAGAAUCACUGCUACUGACAAACCCUGGGGGAUCAUUUGGGAAGACCAGCGACGGUUCAUUGGCAUCUGUUUUUGAUGGAGCCUGUGGGGGAACAUUUGGAGGRGUUUCUGUUGAAAUGUCAGUGGGGAACUCAACAGCAUUGUUUGGGAAGUCUUCCACUGGAUCAGCAAGUAGCCAUACAGGAGGAGCCUCAAAUGAGCCUGGAGAAACUGCAACAGGAGGAUAUACUGGUAGAAUGACAGGAUGUGCARUAGGAACCCAGGUGGCAUCAUCUUCAACUUUACCUGGUUUACCUUCAAGUGGAAUUACAACAGGACUUGUUGGGUCCUCUUUUUGUCAGAGUCCUUUAUCUACCAGUGCAUCCAACCUAAUGUCUAGUCAGAUUCUCCCGAACCAACCACAUCCCAAGUCACUUCAGCAGUUUGCUGGAGGAGGUAGGACUACCAGUGGCAUAAACCUCUUCCAAUCACCAUCACAAGGCUCACCAUCUUGUGUUAGGGGGCAACAAACUCAGUCGCCUGCUACUGGUUCCCCACCAUCCAUCAGCCACUUUAGCUUGGCAGGCCUUCAGUCUGGCAGCUUGCCUCACCAGAUGUCAAUGGAGAAGUCUGCAUUGGCUUCGUUGGCUCAGUAUGGCUCAGCAAACGCCUCUCCUUGCCUUACCCCAGUAGCACGGAGUCCUACAGUACAAAGUCCAGUGGCAGGCAGGACUUUUCAAUACAGCGAACCUUCAAGUAUUGCAGGAUCCCACAGUUCUUUGCUCAUGCCCCAGUCUCCUCUCCUUUCACAGCUUCCCAGCCUGCCACAAGCAUCAGGGAGAGAUUCUCCUUUAGCUCUAUUUUCUGAGGACCUAAAAAGUUUAUCCAGCUCACACCCAUCUUUACCCCAGGAGGUGGCCCAGGCCCUGAGCCACCAAACUACUUGCUCCUCUGUGGAAUAUUAUCCCUCACCAUUUUCCUCACCGACUCUUGUGCCCAAACCCUGUAGCUCAAUAUCGGGGCACAUGACUCCUCCAAAGCAGGAGUCGCCGGGGAACCCUCACCUGACUCAGUCCCCUAGAUCAUCUCCGGUACCUCCUCCACAGAGGGGCUCUGGUGCCUACCUGUCAGAUCUAGAAAUUCAAACUGCUCGUUCUAAACUUCCUUCCAAUUUGUGAGGAUCGAUCACACCCUCCUGUGCUCCCCUGAAAUGAAACACAACUAUCUGUACUCAUGAGAUUAUUUUAUGUUGUCAGACUUCAUUGUGUUCCAUCUCUCAUUUUACCAGRAUUUUUACAUCUACUGUGAAUUCAAGAUAUUUUACCAGGAAACUCAGAGSUGUAGGGUACUCCUCUUUUGUUUAAUUCAUUGUUCUUGUUGUUCAUAUAUGCUGUAUAUAGGCAGAAAUAUAUUAAACUCAUAGGCUAAUUAAGGGACGGGGAGGGUGUGAAAGUGAUCUCAAGGACAGUCAUUUUCUUUAUUUAUAAGACUAUGCCAAAUUCAUCACCAUUCAUACUAUUUGGAAAGUGAAUCAAUAGAAUACAUAAAAUUGUUUUUUUUAUUGCAGGAACCUAUGCACUAAAACCUGCAUGUAUAAAAGCUUUUGUGUGUUUUAAGAUUACUAUGAAAAUUUUUAGCUCAAAAGAUAUGAUUUGAGACUCAUCAACUCUUGUACCUUUCUGUUUAGGAUCACAUAUUGCUGAUCCUUAAAUGUAUUUAUUAGAUUGUUCUUAUUUAUCCUCUGUAUAAACUUUUCAAAACCUUGAACGAUGGAGACGACAUUUUAGGAUACCAAAAAGACUUUUUCUGUGGAAUAACUAUUCACCUCUCCAGGGCCCACGAUCCCUCUUUUAUACCACUUUGUUGUAUUCACGCUGGUAUUUGAAACAGAGGAAGAGGGGUUUGCUGAGCUACCCUCUCUCAGCGUUUCAACAUAAGAGUAUGCGAUGGACGACCUUUCUGCAGAGUCCUCCUCAACCAUAUUCUAACAAGCUCACCUUGUCUUCCAAGCUUGUGACACUUAAGUGUAUUAAGUUUGUAUUGUUUCUCUUCCAAGCCAUGCUCAGCUGUUAUAAUGUGUGAGUGCAGCAACAAGUGUGAUUAAGUUGAAUGCAAGGGAAGAGUUUUUCCAGACUGAUCAAAAGUAAGUUUGCCUUUUUUAAACAAAACUUAGGACUUCCAAUAACCAGUUUSUGUGAUGCAUUGCGUAGCAGUUGGACCGUAAAGAAAUACUUUUACAUUUGAUAGUAAUAAAGCCCAUCGGGGAAAGUGAUAAAGAUUACAAUGAAACUUGAUUUUUUUUCUCUCACUAUAUGGAACCGCACCGAGUUUGAAAACAACAUCUUCAUUAACCAAUGCAGUUUGUUAAAUCAGAAAUAUAGAAAUGCUGGACCAAAAAUAUUCAUUUGUCUUUGCACCACUUCCUCUGGUGUAGCUGCUUAAUGGUCAGMAUGAGUUUUUCUCCUUAGUAAAGACUAAUUAUGAGUUUGAGAUGCUGAAUGUAUGCAUGAUGCUUCCAAUGAGUACUGUAGGCAUGGUUGGUGCACUGAAGUCAAAUUGUCCCUAAGAGGGUUAAGAAACUGCUCUGUAACUGUUAAAAUUAUUGAUUCUAUAUUUUUAACAGACAAUAUCGUCAGCAGCCAUUUCUGUAUCCAUAACGUCCUUUAAAGACAUAAGUGCUAGUUGAGUAGUUCAUGAGAUAAUCUGGACAUGUUACUUUGAAAGCUGCCUGCAACAGCCCACUUGUUACUCCUGUAGUCCUUUAAGUGACACUGUACAUUUGUGCCACUUUAAAAAUUAAAAACUUUACACAUAAAUAUAUAUAUAGAUGUUGAAAUGAAGCCCUGGAUAAAUGGGAUAGCUAUGUAAGAUUUGAAUCACUUCUGAAUAACAUUCCAACCUGGACACUUGAUGAUUUCAUAAAUCUGUSAAAAAGCCAUAAUAAUUUUUGUAAGGCAAAGUAAACGUACCGGAAACUCAAGUUGCAAAAUAAAAUCUAAAUUCUGAAUAUUGGAUUUCUCUCUCUUGAGCAAUCUGAUCUGUUUAAGCUAGGAUUAUAUCUUUCCAUUUACCAAUUUUCACGGGUUAAGACUGUAAAAGAUGUAUUUAAAUUGGAUAUUUUCUGAUUUAAGUUAACUCAUUUGUAUCUCUGUACCGUUAAUUGCUUCAUGAACAUUGAUGAAUUUUGCUCCUUUUUUCCUCAGACUUCUUGAUAUCAGCUACAUCUACAGCCACGCAAAACUGAUUAAAUAAUUGGUGGUUAGCAUAUAUGUCAGUUAURGUCUUUUCACAAUAUAACAAAUAUUUCCAUUAUGCAUUAUUAAUGACAUUCAGACAUAUUUGGUAUAUGUUUUCCAUAAAAUCCUURGUUGUUUAGACACCGACACACAUUCUUUCAAGUGCGUACAUGCCUAGAGAUGUACGCACUUUCCACAUGGUCAGGAAAGUGCGUACAUCUCUAGGCAUCACUAAUCUCCCAAAGGAGCGGAGCAGAGUUAUGAUCUUCAUGUUCGUCUGUAGCUCAUCACCAAGACAGACCCAGGUUCCACUCAGACAGCUGAGUCCCAGACUCAGUCACAGCACUCAGCCGCAGGAGCCUAAUUUAACAAGACAUAUUUGUAAUCCCUUGACCCCCCACAAGCUAUCAGAGACUUCCACAUAGAGGUGGUGAUGCUGGUCCCUCAUUACAACUGUGUGAAGUCCCUUUAACAAGGUGCACCAGUGCUUGAAAUGACGUUUGUUUGCAAAUAUGCACAUGAGCAGCAGAUSUCACACUCACUGCUCCCUAUUAUACCCCAAAUGAGAAAAUAAUAUUGAAAGACAAAACACUGAACUUUUAAUGUUCUUGAAAUAUGCCUAAUUAUAUCUGUAAUUAGCACAUCUAUGGCCAACUGAUUCUCCACUGUCUAGUUGCAAUCAGUUUUGAGUGCAUAUAUAAGUACAUCAUUGGGUGUUGUAAACUCGGUAAUCCAAAUCAGAAUUUUUUUUUUUUUUUCACAGGCACUACAACUGUUUUUAAUGUUGUUAGGUGAGGGUAGGAUCAGUAAAAAGACACAUUUAAAUAAAGCUGUCAUUAGUAACCACAUUCUACACUGUCAUUUUAACAUUUCCUCAAUAAUGCUAUGAAACACAACCGAGUAACAUCUCAUAUCACAUGUGCAAUAAGAUGAGUCGCUGUGUCUUGACCUUUUARAUAAGUCAAAAAGUGAAGUGUAGACUAUCAGCAGCUGACAUUCUACACAAAAUCUAACAUGCAACAUUUCACCCUUUAACAAUUUUACAUGAUUGUAUUCCCAAAGAUAGAACCCCUGAAAACUGUUUCACUUACCUCUCGUGGAUGUAACAUCUUGUAUAUGUAAUAAGAAAUUCAAGGCAAAUUUGGUGAGAAUUACGAGAUGCAUUGAGCUCUGCAAUUGGAAAUKAAGUGAUCUGAAAAUCACAGAUCAUAUGACAACUUUCAAAGCCUCCAUUCACAUACACUUCCUUUAUCCAUCCACCAACUAUGACCUUACUAACAUAUUGCAAGGAGCUUGAAAGAAUGUCUUCACUCUGACAUGUUCAAGAAAUUAUGUAGUUGGACGUUCAGCUACAGGAGGAACAGGCAACAGCCAGGUACUCCAUGGGGUGCUUGUGCUGAUGGGCUUCUUUUGGAAUGUUGCCUUUUUCCUUGUGAUUGUCCCUGAGUGCAUCUGAGGGGSUGGGUUCAGUUUGCUGCUGAUUGGAAGGAUAUGAGGUUGGGCUUUGUUCAUCRUCACGUAGCAAUCAGUCAGUGUUUGGGAUGUUUGUCUGUGACUAUUAUUUCCCCCCUACCUGCCUCGCUCCUGUGUUGAAGCUGGAUUCUUUAAAAGGUGGAUAGAAGUCACAGCUAAAAUGUUUAUCGAACAGGGACUGACUAAUUAGCCAGAACGUCAUUGAGUUUUAUUUAGAUUUUACMAAMACAGAGUCCCACAUAAUUAUAAGGUGAAAUGAAACUUUUUCUAAAUUAUUUUCAAAUCAAAAUCUGACUAGUGUGGUGUACAUUUGUAUUCACUUCCCCCUCUUACCACUAGAUGGAAUCAAGUGCAACCAGUCAUCUUCUGAAGUCACCUUAUUUGUAAAUAGAUUCCUUCCUGURUCYGUAUGGAUAAGUUGCAGUCAGUAGGAAGGUUGAGUUGACACAAAAAUAUGUUAAUGAGAGAGACAAUGAAGACYGCAGGAUGCAAGUGUGUAAGAGGAACUGACCCAACCUCAGUCUCARUCAAACAAACAUGUUUGCAAACUCACGUUCCAGUUAUUGAAUUAAAAGUAUAGGCUGGGAUGAGACAUAAUGAUCACUAUACAUCAUCAUUAAUGUAUUAAAGUUUCAAUCAUCAUAACCAAAACAGCAGUGGGUGUAAUGCAAACCAUCAACUAACUAAUGUGAUGACACGAUGAAAAAGUCAGGUACCUCUGUAAAGAAAUAACAUU